CACGAGCGAAAUUUAGGGCGAGUUUCGAGUGCUUCGUAAGCUCACAAAUCAUGAAAUGACCGUUUCAUUCGUGUAAUUAGUAGAGUACUGUGUACAGAUGUACCGAAAACCCUGGAACACAAAAUUAAACAAAAACACCCCAUCACCGAAACUUCUCUGUGAUUGCUCGAACCAGAUCGAUUUAUCAACCGAUUUUCCUUUACAUCGUCUACAGACGUGCAUAUUCCUGCUCAGCAGAAGUUAAAUUUCUUUCAAGUAUAACUCAAGAAAGGAACAUUUGUUUUUAAAUAUUUUCUUCGUAAAACCCUCCUGGAACCCUCUGGAUAUCUCUCCCAUAUCGGGGGAGAAACAAGUUGGUUGACGCAAUCUCAAGAAACAUCAUGUCUGGUGAUCUCAUGGGAAUGAAGGAGAAUUUCACAUCAAUGGUACAGAAGGUGCAACCAUGGAUCUUGUCUCAUUUUAUGAUGUGGCUGGACUUGAAGGUAGCCGAGUACAAAGUACAUGGAUGUAUGAUCCUUGAUCAAACUGGCAUCUCUUCUCCACGAUGGCUUUCAGACAAUAUCUGCUCUCAGACCACAAGAAUACCAAAACUGACUCAUGUGACCAAUGAAAACAAAGAUGAAGAUAAUGCCUUUCAGGCCAUGAACCAAUCAGCUAUGUUCCCUGGCGAGACUUCUUCUAAACCUCAUAAUAACCAGCCUCAGAUAAAUUUUUUGCCAAAUCCAAUUACCAACAAUUUUAAUAGAAAAACAUCAUCAUUAGCAUCGUGCUUAUCAUCUCCUGAAAUCCAAAUCCAAGAAUUUCCAUCAUCAUCUCCUUCAGUUUCUUCAUCCCUUCUCAAUUUACCCAAAAGACAAGACAGCUACAGGAACGAGAAUGAACUUGCUCCAAAUAUGACAAUUCCACUCCAUCAUGCCAUGGCAGUAGAAGAAAACAAUCAAAGAACAAUCGAUAGGAUUGAAAUUCAUUCCUCAGACAAUCUAAAUUCCUCGUCAGUGAAUGGUUUCCAAAAGGCAAACCUAGAAAAAGACUGUAUGAAUCUCGAGGAAGAAAUGAAUUUAAACUAUGAUGUCGAGAUAAAAGCUGAACCAUUUUCGUCUUUUAGCGAAGAAGAAGUUAAUCUUCAGAGUAACUGUGCCACUCAGUACGACAUAUUGGGGUCUGUGGGGAAAAUGAACCAAAAUGAUGUGAAUCAAAGCAUUGGUUGUGAAGGUAACAUUACUCAGUCUAAAGGAACUAUAACGAUUGAUUUAAAUGGUAAGAUUCUUGAGGAGGAUACGGAUAACAUUAUGAUGUCACAGAAACCACAACUAGGAGAGCAGCAACAGCAUCAUAUGAUGCAGCAGCAGCAGCAGUCGUCAGCUUUGCCGCCAGUAGAGUCUCUUACCGGCAGAAUGUUUCUACACCAAAUUCCAGUCAUCAAUCUGCAGAACUGUAACGUAAGGAAAGUGACAUCCACCACAGGACGCAAUAAAAAGUCUGUUCCUGCCGUUCUUAGUUCGACCAAACUCUCCAAUAAUUCAAAUAGCAAUGCCAGAGGAAAGCUUAUCUGCCAGACGUGUGGGAAAAUUUUCAGAUGCCGUUCCUCUUUGUCACGACAUAAGUGGCUUCAUAGAGAGAAAAGACAUCGGUGUUUUGUCUGUAAGAAAGCUUUCCAUCGCAAAGAACACUUAUACCUUCAUUUGAAGCGCCAUGCGAAGUCUAAUGAUAUCACCUGUCCCAUUUGUGCUAUGAAAGGCAGUAACCUCCAUGCCAUUGAAGAACACAUAAGGCAGUGUCACCAGAAUAUUUUCUGAAUGGCAAAUUUGUAAAGUGUACAUAAUUCUGUGUGUGUGUGUGUGUGUGUGUGUGUGUGGAAAAGAGAAAAGCAUGUAUUUAUUCAUUAUAUGUUUGUAAAAUAAAAUGUAAUUGCUUAUUUUAUUUUCAAACAAGUCUGGAUAUUUUAUUUUAUAUAUUUUAUUGUAUUAAAAAAAUUAAAUUAUGAACCAUGUAUUUGAAGCCUGCGUACUCGUUUCUUUGUUUUCAUUGAUUAAAUGUGUGUCACAGGUGCACCUAAAUGAUAAGAAUGUCAUUUCAAAAUCUGCGAUCACCCUCACUCUGCACAUCUUGGAUAAGAGCCCUUUGUUAUAGACUCUACUCGCAAGCCUUGUGAGUAGACAGGAACUAGGUAGACACCUUUUAGUUAGCGAUCUCCGUGAUUUCAAGGUAGUCAUUCUAACGAACCUUCAAAGAUGGACUCUGCUCAAAUCAAUUUCGCUUUAAUUUUCUUCAUUACGUGACUAAUUACUUUAUCCAGUAUGAACUUACAGUUCGGUGGUGCAAUUCAUCAUGUUUAUCAGCGGAAGGAAAAAAUUUAAGCCAUAAAAGGGGAAAUAUAACACAAGUAGUUGAAGUACUCAAACAAGAGUUAUCAGAGAAGUAAUGAUGACAAAACCAUGGUGGCAGUGCUAUGCCUUGCCAGGUACCAAAGGUUAUUGCAGAUAAAAUGCGAUGUGUGUUUUGAGAUAAGUGCACAAUAAUGCAGAUAAACAUUUGUAGGCUAAGUUCACGGAGGAGAGGUGGGAUGUCAAGUCACCUGUUGUAUUAUGGUUGUCAUGUUUACCUUUCAGCAAGAGAUGUAAUGAUCAACUUCCAUUAACAACUUCAUUACUUUAAAAAAUAUAUGUGUGUGUGUGUGUAUGAGAUUACACAUGUAUUAUCAAUACAUGUGUGUGUGUGUAUGAGAUUAUACAUAUAUUAUUAAUACGUGUGUGUGUGUGUAUGAGAUUACACAUAUAUUAUUAAUACGUGUGUGUGUGUGUAGCCUAACAAUCCAUAAGUCAGAAAAAAUAUGUUUGCACUUGUAUAUUUGUCUAAGUAUUAUUAAUCCUAUUCAGUCACUCUUACCAGUUGAUUUUUUUACAGGGUAUUGGAUAUUUCCUCUAUACCUAUUUCUUUAUUGCUCACAAGGGGCUAAACACAGAGAGGACAAACAAGGACAGACACACGGAUAAAGUUGAUUAUAUCGACCCCAGUGCGUAACUGGUACUUA